GACGCAUCGAUACUCAGAUGUAGAAGUCGACCUGUGCCCAUGCUGACAUUAUACUGUCUCUGUGCUUCACGAUGCCGACUUGGCUGCUUAUACUCCUCUGUCUGACAGGACAUGGUUUUGCCAAAGAAAAGCCUGAUGUGAGCUGCUCCAUCGUGCAUCUGGAAUAUGUUCACUGCUCUUGGAACCAGAAGGGGACUCCAGAGGUCAACUACACCUUCUAUGGCGGGUUUAGCAAAAAUGUGACUGAGUGCACCACCUAUGUGUUGGAGAAUGGUACAAACACUGGAUGUAACCAGCGCUAUACAAAAGUGUACACAACUGACAGGUUCAGUCAGUCAUUUACUACGAAACUGGUGCAUGGAAACAACACUUUUAAGAAGGAGCAUAAUCUUAAAAUGAAAGUCAAGUUAAAUCCACCAACCAACCUGACUGUCCAGAUGGGAUCUGACAAUAACCUGUGGUUUUUCUGGAACCAGACUUCUACAAGAUGUGUAGAAAGUGAAGUUCAAUACCGGGCCAACAACAAGAUUUGGGAGGUUUCUAAAAUCAAUCUUGGGACCCAGAGCUACUGCAUCAACUUGCCCUCUACCACUUCCCGGUAUGAGCUGCAAGUGCGGAGCAAAAUAGGGAACAGCUGUGGAGAUUCUAUUUUCUGGAGUGACUGGAGCGAGCCUGUGGUCUGGGCAUCCACCAACAGCACAGACAUAAGUACGAUGAAUUCAAUGUCUGUGUGGACCCCGGUGCUGUAUGUGUUGGGCACUCUCACCUUCCUCCUACUCGUCAUGAUGUUGCUGCACCAUGAAAGGCUCAGAAUCAUCCUCAUCCCAGUGGUUCCCAAACCAUCCCUCAACUCUCAUGACAUCCAGGAGUGGCUUCAACUCUCCAAAGGACUGAAAGAGAGGGCUAACUACAACGAGCGUGCCUGUCCUGUCCGUGAGUACUGCCAUGUCUCCCAGUCUGACAGCGAGAGCUCUGACAGCUCCACCUGCUCUGUCACCACCGACCAAACUGACUGCUCCGUCUCCAUCCCUGUGGACAAGUCAGACCUGUCAACCCCUUGUUCCUCUUCCACCUCCACAGUGUCAGCUGUGGAACCAGAGCAGAUUUCUGUUUAGGAAGCAUGGAUACAUGAUUAAUGGCUAAUAUUUUCUGUCACAGAGAUAUACAUCCAAAGUUUCCUUAUAAACAGUCCAAAUCUCAGCUUCAAUAGCAAUUGGAUUUUGCUUCAGUCAGGUCAUUUUUUUUUUCUUUAAGUUCAGUUUUGAAGUUUUACUAUUCUGCCUGAGCUUGGCAAUAUGUUACCUAUAUAUGUACACCUUUUUCUUUUUUUUAAUCUUUUUAACCUGCAAGACAUAUUCAGAUGUAUAAUCACAAAACGUUAAAGUCUGUGUAAAGGCAAUUCUGAGAUUUCCUUCAAAAUACAUUAAAUAUGGUGGACAAUAGUUGGUGAAAACAUGUGAAAGAUUUUGAACGAUAUAUUACUGAAAUGUGGUUAGAGGUUCA